AUGUCAAAUCAUACGCAUGAUUCGUCACUAUUACCUACACCGGAAGGAGCUUCUGCUACAGGCACGCACAAAACGGAACAAGCACGAUCUGUUGAAGUAAAAUGCGGGCCUCUUCUCAAUUUCCAGCGGAUGAAUGACCAAAUCUGGUACGGAAGUGUGCUCAUAGUAACGAGUCGUGGUCAUAAUAUUGAAAAUACAACAAUUCCAGAACUGAGUAUGACUACGGGUAAAUCAGAUUUGGAUAGACUAGAGGAUGAACAAGAGAGAUUUUCCAAUUCUACUGAAAACUGUGACGCUGAGGAUGAAAAACACGCUGUCAGGGGCACGAUGCUUUACUCUGAUCUAGAAAACACAUUCUGGAGAUUCACCCUCAAAAUCUCCAUGCGGAACUAUGAAAUAAAAUGCCAGUAUUCCUUUCCAGACCUCUUUUUCCCCGCUCAUGGUAAAUCUCUACCCCAGACUUUCUUCAUUCCGGCCAUCUCUGAAUCAAUGAGAAUUAUGUUUCAUUCUUGUAAUGGGUUUAGUGUUGGGACCGACGAAGAUGCAUACAGUGGUGCUUGUCUUUGGAAUGAUGUUUCUAGAGUGCAUAAUAAAAGCCCUUUUCAUGUUAUGAUAGGAGGCGGAGACCAAAUCUACAAUGAUGGAGUUCGAGUUAAAGGCCCACUAAAAUGUUGGACCGACAUCACUAAUCCACAUGAAAGAGAAAGAUUCAUAUUUUCUAAAAAACUUGAGGAAGCUUGUGAUAAAUACUAUGUGAAUAAUUAUCUACAAUGGUUUGCAUUAGAGCCCUUUGCUAGUUGCAAUGGGCAGAUUCCUCAACUCAAUAUUUGGGACGACCAUGAUAUUAUUGAUGGGUUUGGAUCAUAUGUUGAUCGUUUCAUGAAGUGCUCUGUUUUUAGAGGAAUCGGAAGGGUUGCACACAAGUACUAUCUACUAUUCCAACAUCAUCUAGUGCCAUCUCUCCCCGUGCCUAACGCAGAUGAUGUUCAAGUCAAAGAUACUGGAGGCGCCAAACUCGGUUCAGAAGGACCAGUGAUUAACUUUGAACAGUGCGAGUUAAAUUCUAUUUCUAAUUAUAUAAUCGGCGCAAAGCCAGGGCCUUAUCUUGUUGAACGCUCAUUAAGCAUUUACACAAAACUCGGUGCCAGAAUAGCAUUUCUGGGUAUUGACGCUCGAACUGAGCGGACUCGCAACCAAGUCAAUUAUCCAGAGACCUAUGAUAUAAUCUUCGACAGACUUCGGAAAGAAUUGGAUGAAGCAAAAAAAACUUCAGCAGUGAAUCACUUAAUAAUUUUAUUGGGCAUCCCAAUUGCCUAUCCACGGCUCACCUGGCUGGAGAAUAUCUUUACGAGCCCGCUCAUAGCUCCUAUUAAAUUCUUGAAUAAGAGAUUUGGAUAUGGUGGAAGUUUUUUCAAUCAUUUCGAUGGGAACGUCGAUCUACUAGAUGACUUGGAUGGCUUGAGUGUAGAUCAUUAUACAGCACGCACACAUAAGAAAGAACGUUUAUUCCUCAUGCAUCAGCUUCAGGCUAUUGCUUCAGAAUACUCAGUUAGAAUUAGUAUCUUAGGAGGAGAUGUACACUUAGCUGCUGUUGGGCGAUUCUAUACCAACCCAAAGCUUCAUGUUCCAAUCAUUAAAGAUCAUCGCUAUAUGGCAAAUAUAAUAUCCUCAGCAAUUGUGAAUAAGCCCCCUCCACAAGCCGUGGCCAAUUUAUUAGCAAAAAGAAAUAAAAUUCAUCAUUUAGACGAAAAUACUGAUGAGACUUUAAUGAAGUAUUUUAAUGGAGACCAAGGAACGAUACAAAAGUCUCGUUCAAAUCUUGUCACAAUGCCUAGACGAAACUGGACAAUGCUAACAGAAAAUUACGAUACUAGCUCUCAACGCAUCAAUGGUUCCGAUUCGGCUCAAAAAAAUCUUCAUAGUGAUAUAGUAUUUAAUUUAGAAAGCGUCAAAGAUGGGCACUCGUCGUUGCAUGGCGGUGAGGUUGAUGCCGGUACAGCCCAUAAGGCUGCAAAUCCUGAAGAGCACGGUCAUGGCUUCGAUGGCAGUCUAGAUGUAUCAAUUCGAGUCGAAAUAGACCAGCAUGACCGACAAGGGAAGACACAAGCCUACGGAAUGACUAUUCCAAAACUUACAAUGCGAGAUGCAACAGAAUAA